CAAUCUGUUGCCGGGAGCCGAGUCGUGUCCUGUCCCGGAAGCGGAAGCAGGAGAGCGUGAGCGGCGCUGCGGCACGAAGGGCCCGGAGGCCCGCGGGGAAAAUGCCAGUGGCCGUGAUGGCGGAAAAUCCGGUGUCCUUCCAGAGGCUGUUAGAGCAGUGCGAGGAGCAGGAGCUUGAGGUGAAGGGCUGGCCGCGGGUGUAGCGCUCUGUCUGUGUGAGAAGGCAGAGAAUAACACAUGACAUGAUACGGCCUGCCUGCCCAGUGCAUGGGGAGCUGGGAACUCCCUGAGCAGCAGCCACAUACAUACCAUAUACAUACCAUCAUUGCCGUCACUGGCGGGCUGUACACUGGGAGGACAUACCAUCAUUGCCGUCACUGGCGGGCUGUACAGUGGGUGGACAUACCAUCAUUGCCGUCACUGGCGGGCUGUACAGUGGGUGGACAUGCCAUCAUUGCCGUCACUGGCGGGCUGUACAGUGGGUGGACAUACCAUCAUUGCCGUCACUGGCGGGCUGUACAGUGGGUGGACAUACCAUCAUUGCCGUCACUGGCGAGCUGUACACUGGGAGGACAUGCCAUCAUUUCCGUCACUGGCGGGCUGUACAGUGGGUGGACAUGCCAUCAUUGCUGUCACUGGCGGGCUGUACACUGGGAGGACAUGCCAUCAUUGCCGUCACUGGCGGGCUGUACACUGGGUGGACAUGCCAUCAUUGCCGUCACUGGCGGGCUGUACAGUGGGUGGACAUGCCAUCAUUGCCGUCACUGGCGGGCUGUACACUGGGUGGACAUGCCAUCAUUGCCGUCACUGGCGGGCUGUACAGUGGGUGGACAUGCCAUCAUUGCCGUCACUGGCGGGCUGUACAGUGGGUGGACAUGUACAUCAUUGUACAGUGGGUGGACAUACCAUCAUUGCCGUCACUGGCGGGCUGUACAGUGGGUGGACAUACCAUCAUUGCCGUCACUGGCGGGCUGUACAGUGGGUGGACAUGCCAUCAUUGCCGUCACUGGCGGGCUGUACAGUGGGUGGACUAACAGACAUGUAAUUAUAACCAGACAACUGGACGUACAGGAACAGAGAGGUGGAGGGCCCUGCUCAAUGAGCUUACAUUCUAGAGGGAGUGGGGUAUAGUGACACAGAGGGUAAAAGUAGGGGUACAAAGUAGGGGUACGAAGUAGGUUGUUAGAAAAGUAUUAAUUGAGGGCUUAGUAGGUAAUUUUUGACAGUUGCAGGAGAGGAGUCAUGGAGGGUGGGGGAUCAAAACCUGCUAACAUUUUAAUUGAUAUGCUUUCUUGAAGAAGUGAGUUUUCAAUGAUUUUUUUGAAUGAGUGGAGACUGGGUGAAAGUCUUAUGGAGAAGGGAAGGGAGCUCCACAGAAGAGGUGCAGCCCUGGAAAAGUCUUGGAGGCGAGCGUUAGAGGUGGGAGUACGGACAGAGAAUAUAUACGUAGGUCUUUGGCAGAGCGUAGAGGCCUCAACGGGACAUAUGUGUGUAUUAGGGAGAAUAUGUAGGUUGGAGCAGCAUUAUGUAGGGACUUGUAAGCAAGCACCAGAAUUUUAAAUUGAGCCCUAUAUCUAACUGGAAGUCAAUGCAGGGACUGACUGAGUGGGGAGGCGUGAGAGGUGCGGGCGGAAAAUUUACAGUUGGAAGGACCUAUAAAUGGUAACAAGACUAACCAGCAACAUUUAAAGCAACAGUCUGGGCACCAUAACUUCUUGAAAAUUAUGUUGUUAUGGUGCCAGUGGGUCACUGGCGCAGUCUCACCUUUUGGGAGUUAAAUCCUUAAAGGACCACUCUAGGCACCCAGACCACUUCAGCUUAAUGAAGUGGUCUGGGUGCCAGGUCCUUCUAGGGUUAACCCAUUUUUUCAUAAUUAUAGCAGUUUCAGAGAAACUGCUAUAAUUAUGAAUGAGUUAAGCCUUCCCCCUAAUCCUCUAGUGGCUGUCUCAUUGACAGCCACUAGAGGCGCUUGCGUGCUUCUCACUGUGAUUUUCACAGUGAGAGCACGCAAGCGUCCAUAGGAAAGCAUUGUAAAUGCUUUCCUAUGCGACGGGCUGAAUGCGCGCGCAGCUCUUGCUGCGCGUGGCAUUCAGCCGGCGGGGCGGAUCGGAGGCGGAGAGGAGAGCUCUCAGCCCAGCGCUAGAAAAAGGUAAGUUAUUACCCCUUUCCCCUUUCCAGAGCCGGGCGGGAGGGAAAACGAGUAUGUUUUCUUGGCACUAUAGUGGUCCUUUAACAAAGGGUUUAAACACAAAGUAUGUGAUCCGGCUCUGGAACGCAGGCUUUUGGGGUUAAAGCGACAAUGUAACGGUCUGGGGACUCUGCCAAAUUCACAAAUAACCCUAACGGUGACUGCGGCUGAGGGUCCGGUGGCUGUGGGGGCAGAUAUUUACUUACCUGAAUCUGUCAUUCGUGGGCUCUGCCAUCGUGUUCCAACGGGACCUUCAGCUUCGACGUCACUGCUGUAGUCUUCUGCAUGCGUGUGUACAACAUUGAGGUCUAUGGAGGAUUCCUCACUAGUCACUUGUGACUGCUGUAGGGAUUGUCUCUGUAAUUCCGCCCUGAGUAUAAGAAAAUCAGAGGGGAAAUACAGAGACAGACCUGUCCCUACUUUGUCUUGGUAUAUCUCUUGACUGUGUUGGGAUUUCAGUGACAUUACAACAUAGCCAUAAUUUAGUAUUUAAUAAAGAUUCUAUCCUUGUCAAAUACUAAUUUUUCAGGAGAGAUUACAAUUUCGCGUUAAACUGUUACAGCCCUAGUUGCACUUCCUCUACACGGUCUCCCCCAGAUAAUUCAUGUUAAGGGGACACUAUAUUCACCCAGACCACUUCAACUCAAUGAAGUGGUCUGGGUACCAGGUCCCUCAGGUUUUAACCCUUCAGAUGCAAACUGUUUACAUUUGGGGCCACUAAAGGCGCAUCUGCGACGCUGGAGGCACAUUUCGACUCCAUCGCGCAGAGCGUCCAUAGGAAAGCAUUGAGAAAUGCUUUCCUAUGGACACUUUUCGCACGUGGCACUUGCCGCGCAUGCACAUUCGGCUCCGCUGACGUCGGACAGGGGAGCCGACGUCGGCGGGGGAGGAGAGGUCACCAGCGCCGAGGGAGCCCGGCGCUGGAUUAAGGUAAGCUGCUGAAGGGGUUUUAAUAAUCUGUUUAUUUUAGAAUGUAUGUCCUCCUCUGUCAUUAGUCUGCAGGAAUCUUCUGUGUGUGAUUUAAAGUUUAAUAGAACAGGAGAUAAAAACUUCUAAAGUAAACACUCUGUACUGUGACAUCUAAGUGAAAAUGAAACCACAUUUCCAUGUUGGCUGGGUAUGUCACAGCCUGGGGAGAUGUGACUAGGGCUUUCAUAAACAGAAACAAAGUACCUCUCAAAUGGCAGAGAAUUGAGCAGUGAGAGUGUAGUGGCAUGAUCUCUAAAGUUACACUAUAGUCACCAGAACAACUACAGCUUAUGGUAGUUGUUCUGGUGUCUGUCUGUCAAUGCAUUCAUUUUAAUUUAAACACUAUUCUUCCGAGAAAAGGUAGUGUUUGCAUUAUUGCCUUGGAACACCUCCAGUGGCAGUCACUCAGAUGGCAACUUAAAGGUUCUUCCUGGGUCAGUGCUGAUGUUCAGUGUCUCCAUGCAGAGUGUGAAGAUGCUGAAUGUUCCCUAUAGGUAUGCAUUGAUUUACUGCAUCUCUAUGAGGAGAUGCUAAUUGACGUGAAGUUUGGCCGUGCAUGCACACUAGCCUCCCAAUGCUUUCCUAAGGGAAAACAUUGGAUUGACUGAGAUCAUCAAAUUUGUCAAUGAGGCGGAGAGGGAGCAGAACCAGCUGCAAGGAGAUCCGUGCGGCGCUGGAAAAAAAGUGAGUAUAUCAACUUCUUACGCCCGGGAUGAUAUACGGCUAUUUAAAACCUAAAGAAGGGGUUUUUUUUUAAUUUUUUUAUAUCUGCCAUUAUUGUUUUCCUUUAACCUACCGUUGUUUUGGUGCUUAGAUUUAACUUAAACUUCCCCAUGUUACUUGGCAUAUAAUGACUUGUGUUUAUUUUUUCUUGUCAGGCUCCAGGUGGUAUUGCAACACCUCAUGUGUACAGUCAACUUUUGGCACUAUAUCUUCUACAUAAUGACAUGUAAGUUUAUACUUCUAAACCCCUGUCUUGCUUUGAUGUCAUUUGUAAGCAUUUCUGUGGCACAUAUCUUUAAAAGAACAGCUUGGUUAAAAAAAAUCAAAUACAUACCUAAUACGAAUAGGUUUGUGGAUUUUUAAUUGUAAUUUUAUAUACAUUUUUUACUCAAUUCUUUAUGACACUUCUCAUAGAGGGCAUAUCUGUAUUCCUAACUCUAUAGUGUCUCUGUCUGUAGCUUAAAAUAGAUUUUUACCUCCACGUCUCAAAAACAAAUACAACAGUUUGACUUUCAUUGUGUCCAUUAUGUCAAAUGUCUUGGGAGAAAGAAUUUACCUUCAAAUUACCCUUACGGCAUGCAGUGCUAUACUGUUUAGUUCUGGUGUUCCUUAUCCCUUUGAUGCUGUACACUGGUGGUGCUCCGUUCACACAGUUCAACUAAAAAUGGGCAAGCUUUAAAGGGACACUAUAGUCACCAGAACUCAUACAGUUUAAUGUAGAUGUUCUGUUGAGUUUAUUCAUUCCUUGCAGGCAUUUUAAUGUAAACACUGCAUUUUCUCUGAAUUUACAUUACUGCCUAGGGACAUAUCAAGUGGCAGUCACUCAGAAGGCCACUAGAGUUGCUUCCUGGAUCACUGCUGCACACGUUGAAUCGAUGCAUCUUUAUGAGGAGAUGCUGAUUAGCGCAGAUCGGCAUUUUGCUGUGCAUUUGGGAAAGCAUUGGAUUAGCUAAGAUCAUCAAGUUUGAUGGUCUCAGACAAGGGUUCAGAGCGUGGACGGGGCCAUCCACGACCGGACCUGCACAGUGCUAGAAAAAGGUGUGUAAGUCACCUUUUCAACUGGAGAUAAGGGGGCUGCCAGGGGCCUAAACAGCUAUUUAGACCUUUAGUUUCAGGAAUACACACUUGUAUUCCUGACACUAUAAUGUUCAUUUUAAAGGAAUAAUAAAUGUAUUUUAUUUUAUAAUAUCUUAAAAUGUUUUUUAGAAGCUGUUGUUCCCGUAGAUGUUACUGUAUACACAUUGUCCAUCUAAUCACUGCCUCCACAAACUACCUCCUUUCUAAGCCUUGUGAACAAAUUUAAAAAUGAUUUUUCCUCGUUUGUUAAACAGUGUAAAUUACAAAUAUCAAAAAAGAUAUUUAAUGAAGAGUAAAUAUGAUGUUAUGCUCAAAGGGACACACUGUAGGCAACAAAAUAACUUUUUAGCUUAAUGAAACAGUUUAGGUUUAUAGAUCAUGCCCCAGCAGUCUCACUGUUCAAUUCUCUGCCAUUUGGGAGUUAAACCACUUUGUUUCUGCAGCCAUAGUCACACUUCACUGCAUGUGACUUGCACAGCUUUCCUAAACACUUCCUGUAAAGAGAAAUCUAAUGUUUACACUUUAUUGCAUUUUCUGUUUAACUCAGAAUUUCUUAUAUUCUUCUCUGUUAAUAGCUUGCAGGAGACUGUAGCCUUAUUAGAUAAUUACAAUUUUGCAAGCUGGCUGCUGCUAAUUCCAUUUUUAUUUUAAUUGAACGUCUAUGUGACUGUUCAUCUUUGAUCCAGAGCCGAGGUUCCCUUGGCGUGGCUGACCUUUCUUCCUGUUGACAUCACGGAGAAGGUCCUGCCUCAUCCUGAGGGUCAAAACCAAUGCUCCUCUCCGAGGAGCAUUGGGGACUUAAUGUGUCAUGCGCAGUCAAACUUUCCCAUAGUAAAGCAUUGAAUCAAUGCUUUCCUGUGGGGCUUCCGCAUCACAUGACUGAGUUUUUUACUCUGUGACAUGGAAGCGCCUCUGGUGGCUGUCCCUAUAACCGCCACUAGAUGAGAAGUUAGUCCUGCAAUGUAGACAUUGUGGUUUCUUAAACUGCAAUGUUUUACACUACGGGGACACUGCACCUACACUACUUAAUUGAGAAAAAGUAGUGUGCCAGUGCACACGCCACACACUAUAGGGGAGGGCAGAACACUAAGCUCCAAAUAUUUAUGCAUUAAAUCCAAAAGGUAACAGUGUAUUGCUAUGACUGCAGCGGAGUUGGAUUAUUUAUCCAGAUCAGCUUUUUUGGCCUUAUUUACUAAACUCUGAAUUUUUAAUGUCCAGGUCGAUGCAGGGUCCCUGAAUUUGCUAAUUUUGCAUUUUGUGUCAGGACAAGAAGGUUGACAUGGUGGACAAGUAGAUUGGGAGACAACUCUAUUCCCUUAGAUUUAUUUAUUUUUUCUAAUUUCCACACCCCUGAGAACUUAGAGCGAUAUGAGUGUUCUUGCAUACUAUUCUCACAUGUUAAUUGUCAUUUUAUAACAUUUUUAGUUUGCAUGCCAGCAAAUCAAAUGCCAAGAAUGUAAAUUGUGGAGAAUUAACAGGCACAUGUCGCACCACAGUACGAUGUGCAUGUCGAAUGACAUAAGUUUCAGGGCUUCUGAAUGUUUGACCUUCACACAAUUACUUGGUUGUUCUUUCUUCAACAAUUUGUUUGUAUCUUAUCAGGAAUAAUGCUCGUUAUCUAUGGAAAAGAAUACCACCUUCAAUUAGAUCGGUAAGUAUUGUGUACAACAUUUUAAUAAAAAUAAAUUGCAUACUUAAAUGUUUAAUUGUAUUCCAGUUGCAUUGCAUUUCUCUCAAACCCUUUCAUGAUAAUUUAGGAAAUACUCAGAGAUAAGAUUGCUUUAAACCAUAAUUAAUUCCACAUAUUUAGUAACAACAUAUGAUAUCAUGUUAUUCUUUCAUUGAAAUUGUAAGUAGGUAAGUAUAGCUCCAUUUUGAUUCCCCUCAGGCUGCCACAUGCCUAGUGAUCAUGUCAUUUUUGGGGGUCAUUGCAAAAUAUGCAAGACCCACUUUUAAAAUCUGUAACGUUUUCCUGUCUUUUUGAAGAAUUUAUCAGUAAUCCGUUUUAUUAUAAAGUUUUGUGAGCAAAAAGCUGUGAUCUCUAUUGUGGAACUGACCUUUUUUUUUUAAGGUAGUUAUAUAUUAAAUGAUGUAACUAAGUUUACAAAUAAUUUUUCAUAAUAUUUAAAGUGCAACUGUGACAAAAAUAUUUAAAGGGACAGGAAACCUUUUCCUUCUGUGAUCAAGGAAGUGAAAUAUCAUUUAAGUGUUACUAGCUCCAACCCCAGUUAAAAAAAAAAAAAAAAAAAGAGAGAAAAGCUGAGUAAAACAAGGUAUGGUUUUUCUGAAUGGAAAAAAACAGUUUGCAAAUCACUCUGCUUUAUUUUAAAGGAACCAUGUACUCACUAUAAAAACAUUAUUUAAAUGAAGUUGUUAUAGUGCCUACAGUUGUCUCCUCCCUCCCCCCCUGCACAGUGCCAUCAUGAUCUGGCAUAUGAUGCAUGAAAUGAUUCACUAUAGAAGAAACCUAGGCGCAUUGUGAUGAGCACUGCACGUGCUUCUAUAGUCCCCAAUGGUCCUCUUUGAGGAACAUUGGAUUGGAUCAUCAUCCACACCUCUAGGAUAACAUCAGGCGAGGGGGAACCGCAGCAGCACCGAGGAAAGUUCAGUGCUGUAGUGAAGGUGAGUAAAAUAUUUUUUUGCAGUGAAGGCAGGUGAAGGGACUUAGAACUAAGUAGGGUCAUUUAGACUGUAGUGUUAUGAAUAAAGAUAUGUAUUCCUAAUGCUACAUUGGCCCUUUAAACAUGAACAGAAGUGGUUACAAUAUGGUCGUUUUUAUUAGAACACUGUAUACAGUAUUGCUGUAAAUGAAACUGGAAGGGCAAUGUCAUGAAACCAUGGAAUGUGGUUGACAUUUAAAUAAUGUAUACAUAAUUUAGAAUCCAGUAGAAAUAAAGUAAUACAGUGCAAGAUGCACAACAAUGUUGUUAAUCUUUUAUUUGUGCUCUCUCUUUCAAAUGAGUCAGCCCUUUUUAACAUUUCUAGUAACCCUUUUACACUUUUUGCAUAUUUAUGUGUGGUUAAUUGGGUAAUGAUUGCUAAUUUAAAUUUCUAGUUGAGCUAAUUACAUUUAAUAAAGAUAGCAUUGGGGUACAUGUAUCUGUGUAAUCAUUAUCGAUCUUAAUCAAUUAGGUAAGAAAACUGAUAUCAUUCACUCUUGCCCCACUCCAGUUUGUACCGUAUUUUUCGCUCCAUAAGACGCACUUUUUUUCCCCUCAAAAGUGAGGGGAAAUGUCUGUGCGUCUUAUGGAGCGAAUGUGAAGAAUUACUUACCUGUCUUGGAGCGUGGGCCGGCUUCACAGCGCGCUCCGCGGUCCAGGAACUUCUAUUUCAGGUUCCGGUUUCCGGCGGGAUUGAAAGGAAGUGUGCACACUCAGUGCACACUUCCUUUCAGUCCCGCCGGAAACCGGAACCUGAAAUAGAAGUUCCUGGACCGCGGAGCGCGCUGUGAAGCCGGCCCACGCUCCAAGACAGGUAAGUAAUUAUGGGACAAGGGGAGGGGGACACUAUGGGAGAAAGGGAGGGGAGGAGACACUAUGGGACAAGGGGAGUGGGAGACACUAUGGGAUAAGGGGAGGGGGACACUUGAAAGGAGACACCUUAUGGAGAAGGGGUAGGAGGGAGGAGACACUGGCGGGACAAGCGGAGGGGGGAGUGAGAGACCAUGGGACAAGGGGAGGGGAGGACACUCAUGGGACAAGGAGGGGAGGAGACAUCUUCAUGUGACAAGGGGAGGGGAGACACUAUGGGACAUGAGGGGACAUAUGGAGAAAGGGAGGGGAGACACUAUGGGACACAAGUGGAGGGGAUACACCUAUGGGGACAAGUGGAGGGGGGGAGACACUAUGGGACAAGGGGAGGGGACACCAUGGGAGAAAGAGGGGGGGACACUCAUGGGACAAGCAAGGGGAGGAGGGGGACACUAAGGAGAAAAGGAGGGGAGACACUAUGGGACAAGGGGAGGGGGAGACACUAUGGGACAAGGGGAGGGGGACACUAUGGGACAAGGGAGGGGAGACACUAUGGGACAAGGGGAGGGGGAGACACUAUGGGACAAGGGCAGGGGGGGACACUAUGGGAGGGAAAGUGCACUAUGGGACAAUGGGAGGGGGGGACACUAUGGGAUCAGAACACUAAUGGACAAGGGGAGGAGGGGUUAAAGAACACUAUGGGACAGGGUAGGAGGGGUUAACAAUCACUAUGGGACAGGGUAGGAGGGGUUAACAAUCACUAUGGGACAGAGGAAAGGGGGGUUAAAGAUCAUUAUGGGACAGGGGAGAAAAAAAAAUAUUCUGAACAAACUGUCCCAUGGUAAGAAACACUAUGGAACAGUUUGUUCAGAAUAUUUUUUUUUCUGGGUUUCCUCCUCUAAAAACUAGGUGCGUCUUAUGGUGAGGUGCGUCUUAUGGAGCGAAAAAUACGGUAUUUUUAAUGUAUUUGUUUUUUUAAUUUGUAUAUAAUUUUAUUCUUGGGUAAUCUUGCCCUAUGCAGGCCAAUGCAGAGAUGGCUGGAAUUUGGGAGGUGGGACAGAAGAUCUGGCAGAGGGACUUCCCAGGAAUCUAUGCAUCUAUUGCUACCCACCAGUGGUCAGAAAAUAUUCAACCAGUCAUGGAGGCAGUAAGAGGUACAUGAGUGUAGUAAUCCUUAGUGACCUGUAGCAGUAAAAAUGUUUGUUCCAGUACAAGCUUAGUCACUAUUCGUAGGUAUCUGUAUUCUGCAACUCUGUACAGUGGGGAAAUGUGUGCCAGUAUUUGUGACAAAUUUAAGCUAGUCAUACAAAUUGUAAUGAGGACCUUCUUCAAAUGUGCCUGUAAUCAGUUGUGACAAUUGCAAAUAACUAAAAAUUACUUCUUCAAACUAUGAACUUAUAACUAAUUUUUUUUUUUUUUUUUUUAGUACAAUAUUGGGAAUUUUUGGUCAAGAUGUGCAAUUACGUUGAUUGAUAGAGAAUUCAAACUUCAGUCUCUGAAAUAUUUAUUCACUAAUCUCGCAAUUUAAAUAAGAAUAGGGAAAAAAAAUGAGGCAAGAAAGCCAAUCUGGAAACAACUUCCAGCUCAGCUGUAGUCACAACUUGGCUAUUUUUGCCUCAGUUUUGCAAUUCCAAAUUAAUUUUCCCCAAAUUCUGAGUUUAGUGAGUAAUCCUUUAAAUGUCCAUUUGUAUAAUACCUGUAAUUGGUACAACCAACAGGCAUAUGGCCUAGCGAUUGCAUAUAUAGUUUUGUCCUGUCUGAUUUAGGCCACACUUGGCCUUUUGUAAAUCUUUUUAAAGGAACUAAAUACUACUACAUGGACCUUUUCUACUGCUCAGUAUCUUUAAAGUAUAACAUUGACCGAAAAUAAAUUGUAUGUUAUUAAAAUGUUAAAUGGCUAAGGUUUGUUUAAAUGUAUUUUAUGAAUAUCGUAAAAUAUUUUCUAGAAGCUGUUGUUCCCAUAGAUGUAGCUGUAAACACAUUUUCUCUCUAAUCACUGCCUUUACAAAUUCUUUCCUCUCUGAAGUAAAUUAAAAAUUUAAGAAACAGGAACAACUCUUGAACAGUGGAAAUCACAGAUCUCCAAAAAGAUAUUUCGUGCAGAGUAAAUAUGAUUUUCUACCAGGGCUUGACAAAUCCCAGGUCGCCAUGGCAACUAGGAAAUUUGACCUGGCGCCUGGAUGAGCGGAGGCGAACGGAGGGAUAGGCAGGCGGCUCAUAGUGAGAGGAGGUGGGCGGCGGGACAGGCAGGCGGCUCAUAGUGAGUGAAGGCGGGCGGCGGGACAGGCAGGCGGCUCAUAGUGAGUGAAGGCAGGCAGCCGAUUGGCACGUGGCUCAUGGCGCAACAUUAGUUCUUUAUUCAAUUUGCUUUUAUUGACAUCAUAACAAUUGGCAAUACAAAGUUAUAUGCAUCAAUACAGAAGGUGGCAAAAAUAGUGUACAUGUCAGUUAUUGUUCAUUUGGUAUAAAGGUAUCUUUAGUAUUGAUGUGAAGAGAGCAAUUUUACAAAGCAAUAGCGAGCAUCUGAUUCCAUUCCUACAUUGCAACAUCUUUCAGCAUUGACAGUUUUCAAGAAGGAACUAGUCUUAGAAAAAUAGAAAGAGAAUAUUUUCGCCAUUCUCACAAGUUUUAGACAUGAGAGCUAUAGAGAACACUCAGAUUCAGUCAUUUUAUGAAUUGGUAUGUUUGUGUUGGGAAGCAGAUAAACUGCGAUAAGGCAGAAACUUUAGUGCUCCUGCUGUGACCUUGUCUAGCCCUGCUUCCUGAGAGCGUCUCUACUGAUCCGUUGGGGUGGGGGGUAGGGAGUGGUUGUCAAGUAGUGGGGCGUUUGGGGGUCGAGGGUCCGUCAGGUAGUUUUUGUCCUGUGUGCGCGUUUGUUGUGGGUGUCCCCUUUGCGCUAGUCGUUGUUCUUUGAUGUGUGUGGGCGGUGGCUGUGUGUGUGUCAUGCGUCGGGGUGUAGUCUUGUUGGGGUGUCCCUUCUGUGUUGGUGUCUUUCUGUGUCUGUUUGGGGAUCCUAUUAGUGUCGGGGGUGUAUUGGUCGAGCGGGUGCUGUCCCGGGUUGUGAGGGUUGGGUGGGUUCUAGUAUCAUGGUGUAGUGUACUUGGGUGUUGGGCGUUUGGACAGUCUUGUUGGGUUGGUUCAUCCCUUGUCCGAUAUGUGUUGGUCAUGGUGGGUCUUUGUGGGUGCUGUGGUGUAUGGUCUGUCCUGUAAGGGAGGUGGCGUUUCUGCGGGUGUAGGUGGCAUUCUCAAGGCAGCCUGUCGGCAGUUGGUCAUGUAUUUUAACGUGUGUUGUGGGGGGCGGGUGGGAUGGGAGUGUAGGUUAAUGGGGUGAGGGCAUUGCGGGUGAGGGUAAGGUGCGGGAGGGUAGGGGAUGGGGUGUCAGGUCCCGGGUCCCCACCUCAACCCCCCCCCGCCUCCGGGGCAAGGGGCAUCUCCGGCUCUGAGUGGUCGUCUUGGUUUGGUUGGGUCGGUGGUUCAGCUUCCGUAUUGUCGUCCGUCUGUUCCGUCUGGACCGUCCCAUCUGCCUCUGCUGUCAGGUAUUGUGUGGUCCCCGUAAUUGGUGCGGUGGAGGCGAGCCAUUGGAGCCAGUGGUACCAUGCAUCAUGGUAACGCUGUAUGCGUCCCGUUGCGGAGUGGAUGAGUUCCUCGAUGCGUCUGAUGUCUUCCACUCUCGUUAUCCAUUCUCUGAUAGUCGGGGCCAUGUGUUGUUUCCAGUGUCUCGGGAUGAGGCUGCGGGCUGCGUUUAUUAGGUGUGGGAGUGCUGUUUUUUAAAAUUUGUUGAUUGGGGUCUGUGUAAGUUGGAGCAGGUAUGUGUCUGGUGAGAGGGGUAGGUUUGCUUCUGUUAUGGUUGUGAGUAUCUUGUGGAUCUCUGCCCAAAAGGGCUGGAUAAGGGGGCAGGACCACCAUAUGUGGAAGAGGGAUCCCAGUUCUCUCCCGCAUCUCCAGCAUUCCGGGUCAUUUGUGGGUUUCAUCAUGCUAAGUUUUUCCGGUGUCCUGUACCAGUGGGAGAGCAUUUUAUAUCCUGUUUCUUGGAAUUUGGUGGAGAUGGAGGCUUUAUGUGUGAGUGUAAACACCGUUGUCCAUUGUUCCGUUGAAAUUGAGUGUCCUAGAUCCCUUUCCCAGUAUUUUGUGAAGUAAGGGAGGGGUGCGUUAGUGGUGGUGGUGGUUUGCAUGCGAUAUAGUAGCGAUAUCGCGUGUGGGGGGGGGGGUUCAUGCAUAUGGUCUCGAAUACAGAGAGUGCUCGCGUUGCCGAAUUUAGGGUUGGUAUGCUUCUCAGAAACCUUGUCAGUUGGUGAUAUCUAAAGCGUAGGAGCAUAUUGUGUGGGGUAUUCGGGACCAGAGUGGUCAGGGGCGUGAUUGUGCCUUGGUCAUAGACGUCCUUCACUCUGCAGGGGGUCGGCAGGCCCAGGGCAGCCGUGUAGUGGGGGUCCGAUGCAGGGGCAAAUUUCGGGUUGUGAGAUAUGGGGCAUAAUGGUGAGAGUUCCGGGGCUACGUCUGUGUGAGUCGCCAGUCUCCUCCAAACUGCCAUUGUAGCGUUUAGGGUUGGGUGGUUCCGUGGCAGUUCCCCGGCCAUGGAUUUCGGUAGCCAGGGUAGAAGUGUCAGGGGUAUCCGUGAGAAGCUGGCCUCUAUGGGGAUCCAUAGCUUGUCUUUCGGGUCUUGUGUCCAUUCUAUCACUCGCUGGAGGUGUAUAGCAUGUCUAUAUUUUGUGAUAUCGGGUAGUCCCAGGCCUCCCUGUAGUUUGGGUCUGGUGAGGGUGGCGAAAUUCAGCCUCGGCGUUUUGCGGGCCCAGACGUAGGCCAUCAGUGUUUUACGGGUUUGUGUUAGGAAGGUUUUGGGAAUGUGGAUUGGUAGGGUUUGUAGGAGAUACAAGAUUCGGGGGAGGAUAUUCAUUUUGAGGACACUGAUCCUACCCAGCCACGUUAUGUGCGGGAGUUGCCACGAGUCGAGGUCCUUCUGUAUGCGGUCGAGGAGGGGUGGGAAGUUGAUGCGGUAGGUGUCCGACACAUCAGCCGACAGCCAGAUCCCUAAGUAUUUAAUUCUUUCUUUGCACCAGUGAAAAGGGAACUCUGUUUGCAGUGUAGUUGUUAGUGCUAGGGGGCAGUUUACGUUGAGAAUUUCAGAUUUCGUAAAGUUAAUUUUCAAGUUGGAGAGGGUGCCAUAUAGGUCAAAUUGGUGCGUGAGCUCCCUAAGUGAGGUUGCCGGGUUGGUGAUUGUGAAGAGGAGGUCGUCCGCGUAUGCAGAGACCUUGGUGGCUCCCCAGCUACCCUCGAUUCCAGUUAUGCGGGGUUGGGCUCGAACUGCAUUGAGGAAUGGUUCUAAGCUGAUGGCAAAGAGUAGGGGCGAUAGGGGACACCCUUGUCUAGUGCCGUUUCUGAUCUCAAAUGGGUCGGAGAGAAUCCCAUUAACCUGCACCCGGGCUGCUGGAGCGGUGUAUAGGGCCCAAAUGCGCGUCAUCAUGUGGGGUCCCAGUCCCAGGUGUUCCAGGGUGGACCUCAGGAAAGACCAGUCUACCCUGUCGAACGCCUUCUCCGCGUCGGUCGAAACUAUCAGGGCGGGGGAGUGUCCUUCUCGGGCCGCGUGGAGAAGAUUGAGUGUCUUAAUAGUGUUGUCCCUGGCCUCCCGGCCCUCCACAAAGCCCACCUGAUCAGGGUGGAUAAGGCUCGGCAUCAGGGGCUGGAGGCGCAGGGAUAGUAUUUUGGCAAACAGUUUGAGGUCGGCGUUCAACAGGGAGAUUGGCCUGUAACUGGUACAUGAGGAGGGGUCUUUUCUUUCUUUCGGGAGUACUACGACGUGUGCUAGGAGCAUGUUGGGGUCUAAGGGGUCUCCGUUAUGUAUUGAGUUGAAUAGUGUAAGUAGGUGUGGGACAAGGUUGUCUGCGAACAUUUUGUAGUACUUUGCCGUGUAUCCGUCUGGUCCGGGGCUUUUCCCCAGUUUGGCCAGUUUGAUGGCUAGGCGUAUCUCCGCUUCAGUGAUAUCUUCUUCUAGUGUAGCUAUUUCUUGGGGUGUCAGCGUUGUGGUGAUAUUCUGUUCGAUAUAUGUUUUUUGCCGUGCUGUGUGAGCCUCUUCUCCUUCGUGUGCGCGUGUGGUGUUGGGAGGUAGGCAGUAUAGGGAGAGUAGUAUUGUCUGAAGCCCUCUGCUAUAGCCUUCGGGGUCCGCAGUGUGUUUCCUGCCAGGGAGAUCUUUUGAACAUGGGUUUUCUGUCUCCGGGCUCUCAGCGCCCUAGCGAGCAGUUUACCACUUUUGUUUCCGUAUUCAUAAAACGUUUUUUGUGUGAGUUGGAACUGGAAUCGUAUUUUGGACGUGAGGCAGGAGUUGAGUUUCGCUCUGGUCUCUAGGAGUUGUUUGUAGGUUUCGUCUCGGAGGUCUUGUUUGUGAAGCGUUUCUAGACGCGCCAGUUGGGCAGCAAGGCGUGCUAUUUCCUGUGUGCGUUGUUUUUUCAGGCGAGUGCCGUGUUUGAUGAGGAUCCCUCGGAUAGUGCAUUUGUGUGCUUCCCAGACGGUCGUUGGUGCGCUUUCUGUUGUUUGAUUGGUGGGGAAGAAGUGGUCUAGUGUGUUCCUAAUUUCUGUUUGGAUCAGUGGGUCCUCUAAGAGUGAUUCAUUAAGUUUCCAUGUCCAUUGGGAUCGAAAGGUUCUAGGAUUGUCGAUGGUGAGUGUUACUGGUGCGUGGUCCGACCAGGUCAUGGGGGCGAUGUGGGCUGAACACAGUGUGUCUAGAUCCCUGUGUUGGAUGAAGAAGUAGUCAAUCCUCGAGUAUGAUUUAUGUGGCGCUGAAUAAUAGGUGUAGUCUUUCUCUGUAUGGUGUAGGAUUCGCCAGCAGUCUACAAGUUGGUGAGUUGUCAAAAGGGUCCGCAGUCCUCUGAGGACGUGGUCCGGGAUCGUGGAGCCCCCUUUAGAUGUGUCCAUUUUGGGGUCUAGAGGGGCGUUGAGGUCCCCUCCUAUUAUUACGGUUCCUGCACUGAACGCUUCCAAUUUUCUCAGGGCUGAGGCUAGGAAUGAUUUUUGGCCUUUGUUUGGGAGGUAGAGGUUCGCGAGUGUGAUUUGAGCGUCCCCUAUGUGUCCUUUGAGAAAAAGGUAUCUGCCUUCUCGGUCUUUCUCUUCUGCUUCCAGGCGGAACUGGGUGUCUGCCGAGAAUAAUAUAGCCACUCCCUUGGAUUUGGUGGAGGGGUUAUGCGCGUAGUAGCCGGUUGGGAAGUAUUUAUCUGAGAAUUUGGGGGCUUUUGUUGCUAGAAAGUGUGUUUCUUGGAAGAAAGCUAUUGAUAUCUUAAGUGCUCGAAUUUCUCGCAGCGCUCUUGCUCGUUUUUGUGGGGAGUUCAGGCCCUUCGCGUUGAUUGUGUAGAGGUUAAUUCCUAUCUCUGCGUGCCCGGGGGCGUGGGGGGCGAGAGGCGGUGGGCCCAUCAUAUCCAGGUGGCGGGGUGUGGAGUAGGGGAGGAAAAGGGGGGGGGGAGAUGGAAGGGGAGGUUAGAUGUGUUUGAGGGGGUAGUUCAAGCGGUGUGGUGUGUAGCGGUUGUGUCGAGUCGCAGAGGCGACUGUUGUAAGGGGUAAUGUGCCACUGGUAGGUGUGUGUCCGGGAACCAAGGUCCUCGUAGUCACCUCACAGUCUCUUGGCAGUGAACCCGUGGGGCAGGUGGCAUUGGUGGUUAGGUAGGUCACCUACUUUGGGUGUCGUCUAGUGACGUAUCACUGUCUGUCAGCAUCCGUCUCCUGCUGCCUAACAGUGGUGGUGUCUGGCAUCCAGAGGGGUAGUACCGUUCUAGCGGAUCAGUUAACAACAAUGUGGAUGGUCGUGAUGGUCGCCCCUGGGCGCUAUCUUGUUAUCGUUGCGCUAUUGUGUCGGGAGCGUGCAUACGGAUGUAAGAACAGUAUUCGUGAGAACAACAUAAUAACAGCAUAUCAAAACAUGGUUACACAAGUUAUAUCCCAGUGUCAGGGAGAACAUCAGAAACUUUUAUGAACAUUUAGAGAUGGUUUGGGUGUGUUCGCACAGCACAGGGGGCCCCUCAUGGAAUAGAAUGAGGUUUGCACCCCGUGGUGCGCCGUCACCCCACACCUUUUAUAUAACAGGGUAGGAGGAGGAGGGCAAAAAGUAAGGGGGGGAGGGGGGGAAGGGGUUCAGGAAAACAAAAACACACCCCCAACAAUACACUCAAUACACUUUGUUGGAACCAGUGAGCGCAGGUGUCUCCGUCGCCCGGUGGGAACCUCUCGGUUGUUCACAGGGGGCGAGGCAGAGUCGCUCUCAACAGUAAUUCUUGAGGAACACGGAGCAUUCAUCUUACGGUAUGUAGUGGUUGGUGAAUGAUGCGUUCCCCCCUUCUAGCGUGUUCGUGGUGUCUGAGGUGUGUUUCUGUUGGACGCCUCAGAGGUGCGUUUGAUACCUGGUUGCCUGUGUUGCAGGUAUGGUCUGUGUGUAUGUCUGCGGUUUGAUUAGAUAGUAAGGGUGUCUGGGUGCAUCUUGGGUGUAUUUGGGGGGGUUCCCUUCCUGGUGUAGCGGAUGUGUGUGUGUAUGUGUUAGUGUCAAGGUGUGUAAGCGAGCCCGCAAGGUAUACUUGCACUUGCGAUGCGUUCUACGGUGGUGGAAGCCGUGGCCAGCAGUCCAGGGUGAUGCCAGGGUGUCAGUUCAAGGCAUCAUGUCAGUGGUCGUCUCUAUAGGGUGUUUGGAGCUUGGCGGGUGUGGGUCUAUGUCCCGCAUUGUGGGGCAAAGGAGUCUUGUGUGGAGCCAGCCAAGAUAUUGGUGCACUGGCGAGUCCUCUGGGGUUGUCUCUGUUGAGUUAGCAGCGUUCUUGGUGGUGUUGAGCAAGUCAUGGACUCGGGGGGCAAUAGAUGUAGGCCCAGUUAGCCGGUGAAGCAAGGUGGUUCUAGGCCUUUGGGACGGUGAGAUGUGGGUGGGUUACCGUUUUUGGUGGUGUCUUGGCGGCGGUGAGUCGCAAUCUGCUUUCUCCCUUUGCUUUCCUGGUUGCAGAGUGAUAGAGAAAGAGAGAAGAGAAAAAAAAUAAAAAUAAAAAAUAGGGGGGGGGGGAGUAGGUGUCUCUGGAGGUGCCUUAUCCCUCCUGCUCCCCUCAGCGUGGUCGUUAAUGCGUUGCACGGUCGUGGUCAGGCUGGUGGUGCAGGGUGGGUGUAGGCAGGUGGUGGUGUCUCCAUCUCGUUAUUCCUCAGGGUCAAUUAGUCGGUGAUGGGUGCGUGGGGCGUCCCUGUCGGGCCCCUGGUGGAUGGUACGUUGUGUUGGCCUCCCUGUGAGGCGUUCAUUAAGCGGGCAUGCAGUCCAGUCCGAAAUAGGGGUGCGGGGGAGGUUUAGAGCCUCCUGGAAGGCCAGUACAUCUUGCGGCGUGCGAAUUACUGCUUCUGUGGUGCCCUGUCUGGCUGAGAGGGCGAAAGGAAAUUGCCAUCUGUAGCGGAUUUGGGCGUCUUGCAGGGCGGCGGUGAGGGGCCGCAAGGCUCUUCGGGCCUGUAGGGUGAGGUGGGAUAGGUCAUUGUAAAGUUCUAUAGCCUGUCCCUCUAUUCUCCAGGUUCUUUCUGUGCGUGCUUUUCUCAUAAUUUCUUCCUUUAGUUGGAAGUCUGGUAUGUGGCAAAUUAAGUCCCUGGGGGGAGCACCCGGGGGGGGCUUGGAUCUUAGUGCCCUGUGUGCCCUGUCCAUGUGCAUGCGGGCGUCCCUGGGUCUGCCCAGUAUGCGAUUAAAAAUCGGGGUCAGCGUGGCCCUGGCGUCUUCUGUUGUGUCAGAUUCUCUGCAGCCUCUUACCCUGAUGUUAUGCCUGCGGCUGCGGUUAUCAAGGUCCUCUAUGUGGAGGCGCAGAUCUUGUAUGUGCCUGGAGUGGGCCUCUGUAGCUUGUAUAGCAGGGCAGUGUGGGUUGGGGCCCUGUGUCUCUAGUGCCUGUACCCUUGUCUUAAGCGCUGUGAGUGAGGUGCCUAGGGCUGAGAUCUCUGUGCGCAGGGUGGCUUUUACCUCAUCCAGCAGUGUCUGGAAGUCCUCCUUUUUCGGCAGGGACGUGAACAGUGUGUACCAGUCUGGUGUCUGUGGGGCUUGCCGGCUGCUGUCAGUGCGCGGGUAUUCCUCCGACAGCGUGGAGCUCGGGGAGGAGGGCGCCAUGUUGGAGGCCUCCUCCUGGGAGAGGAAAUCCCCUGGUGUGUGGAGGUAGCUGCGGAUGGAGGGGUGCGAGCCGGUCCCCUGUGUUCUCGGCGUGGAGGGGGUCAUCUGGGCUCUCUUGGUACGUCCCAUGGGUGCCAGGUCGUGCUAGUGCGGUGUGUUUUUUGCGGCUGGGAGCGGAGCUCGGAAAUUAGGCGGCCAUUCCUGUUCGGCGCCAAGCCACGCCCCCGGCGCAACAUUAGUUCAGGCAGGCCGCUGACUGAUUACUCCGGCAGUGAGGGAGCUGUGAUCUCCCGGCUACCUUGUGAGUUGUCUAGUGAUGCAGAGAGCCGGAAUAUAAUGUUGCCCAUGCUCACUAAACAGCAAGCGAGGGAGCAGGAAGAUGAGCAUCCCCCGCUGGACCCCAGGGCACAUAAAUGUAAAUAUAACUAAUAAUUUGUGAGUCUGUGUGAAAAGGUUUGUCUGUUGUGCAUUAAGCGUUUUCAUGCAGAGCAUACGGUGCAGCACUGAGAGAUUUUACUAGACUGCAAUGUAAACACUGCCUUUUGUCUGAAAAGGCAGUGUUUACAUUGAACAGCGUAUAGGGACAGGCUACAGAAUUUAGAACAACUACGUUAAGCUGUAGUGGUUCUGGUGACUAUAGUGACCAUUUAAGAAUGUUAUUUUUGCCGUUGACAAAUCUGGUUCCUAGAUUCCAAGCAAAUCUGUGAAGCUCUGAUUUAUACCGAAGGGGACACUAGAGUCACCAGAACAACCUCUAACUUAAUGAGGUAGAUUUUGUGUAUAGCUCAUGUAUCUGAAGUAGGGAUCGACCAAUUAUCGCUCUGGCCCAUAUUUGUUUUUUUUUUCCGGCAAUAUCGGUAUCAACCUAUAGAGAUACCGAUAUUGCCGAUAAUGCAGACCAGGACUGCCGGGCCCAUGACAAGCCUGGAAGGCCCGCCGCAAGCUCUUACUUAACCUUCCCAGCAGCUCCCCUGUCUAAGUCUCGAGAGUCCUGUGGUCGUCAGAGCGUUGCCACGGGUUACCAUGGCAACGCGGCACGCUAUCCACGAGAGUUAGACAGGGGAGUUGGGAAAGUAAGAGCUUGCUGCGGACCCCCACUGCACAGUCCUUGCCACAGGACCACCAGGGAAUGCCAUAUCACCCCUCCUUGGCCAAGUAAGAAGCAGGGAGGGGGGGACUAAAAAAAAUCUUAAAAAUAAAUAAAAAUUAAUGCCCCCCACACCACAUUUUACACACAUUACAUACCUACACACACACACACACUCUGCAUUAUAUAAAUAUACCUACACAAACACACUGCAGUCACUACACACACACAAUGCAUUCACUUUACGCACACUACACACACACACACUGCAUUCACUUUACGCACACUACACACACUGCAUUCACUUUACGCACACUACACACACACUGCAUUCACUUUUACACACACACUGCAUUCACUUUACGCACACUACACACACACUGCAUUCACUUUACGCACACUACACACACACUGCAUUCACUUUUUACGACACUACCACGCUGCUACGCUACACACGCUGCAUUCUUUACGCACACUACACACACGCUGCAUUACUUUACGCAUUACUUGCAUUCACUACACACACUGUAUCUACUCUGCAUCUCACUUUACGCAUUACUCUUAUCACUCACACACACGCUGCAUUCACUUUACGCACACUACACACACGCUGCAUUCACUUUACGCACACUACACACACGCUGCAUUCACUUUACGCACACUACACACAGGCGGCAUUCACUUUACGCACACUACACACAGGCGGCAUUCACUUUACGCACACUACACACACGCUGCAUUCACUUUACGCACACUACACACACGCUGCAUUCACUUUACGCACACUACACACACGCUGCAUUCACUUUACGCACACUACACACACGCUGCAUUCACUUUACGCACACUACACACACGCUGCAUUCACUUUACGCACACUACACACACGCUGCAUUCACUUUACGCACACUAAAAGCACACAAAAGUUAAAUCACUUUUGUUUCUCUUUAUGCAGCCCUAGCCACACCUCACCUGGCUGUGACUCACACAGCCUGCAUGAAAACAAAAUGGUUUCAUUUUCAAUCAGAUGUAACUUAUUUUAAAUAAAAAUUGCUAUCUCCUGCAGGGUCUAGCAAGUUAUUAACAGAGCAGGAGAGAAGAGAUUCUAAAUGAAACAGAAUUUACAAUAAAGGAAGUGUAAACAUUAGAUGACUCUUUGCAUGAGGGGUUUAGGAAGGCUAUGUAAGUCACAUGCAGGCAGAAUUGACUAGGGCUGUAUAAACAAACUAAUUUAUCUUGUAAAUGGCAGGGAGACUGUAGGGGCAUGAUUUAUACACCCAAACUGCUUCAUUACGCUAAAGCUGUUUUGGGGACUAUAGUGGCCCUGUAAAAGAGUGUGUGUGUGUGUGUGUGUAUGUAUGUAUAUGUAUAUGUAUGUGUGUGUAUGUAUGUAUAUAUAUAUAUAUAUAUAUAUAUAUAUAUAUAUAUAUAAUUUACUCUGUACCAUAUUCUAAAUCCCUCCUCAAUCCCAUUCUCUUUAGAUGCAACACGACGGCGUGCCUUUGGCUUGGUGUCCCAGGCCUACACUUCAAUCUCUGCUGAAGAUUUUGCUGCCUUUGUUGGUCUUCCUGUGGAAGAGGCUGUAAAAGGUGUGUGUGUGUGUGUGUGUGUGCGUUUGUUUCAUUAAGUUUAACGAUAUAACCAGAUAACAUUUGUUAAUUUACGAUAUUAAGAAAAAUGUCAGAUUGCAAUACACUGGGGGGUGAGGGGGGGUCCCUUUGAUCUGUGAAUCAAUAUGUAGGUAAUUAAAAAAAUUUCCCUGCAUGAAUAGAAAAAGCUAUUUGUAAACUUUUUUUUUUUUUUAGAUUGAUUCAUUAAUGUGAUUUUGUGUUUUUAAUUGUAAUGCUUGUUUACAAAGUACUAGAACUUAUUCUUACAAAAAAAAAUCUGUUUUAUAUUCAUACCGAUGAAUGCUGGUGUUGGGAAUCCUAGUAUCUUGUAAACCCCUUGUCUGCUACAAUUCUCAUUUUCCGUGACAUUAUGCGUUGUUUUGAUUUAUAAUUCUAUAGUGGUUAUGGUGCCAGGAGUGGCCUGGCACCCUUCCACUGUAAUCUGUCAAACUCUUUUAGAAUGGUUUAAUAUCUUACCUGGGUCCACCGGUGCACGCACUCCAUCAGCUUCUCCAUUCCUAUGACACUACUAAACUAAGCAGGUCCGAUAUACAGGUUAAACACGAAAAAUUAGAAUAUCGUGCAAAAGUUCAUUUAUUUCAGUAAUGCAACGUAAAAGGGAAAACUAAUAUAUGAGAUAGACGCAUUACAUGCAAAGCAAGAUAGUUCAAGCCGUGAUUUGUCAUAAUUGCGAUGAUUAUGGCUUACAGGUCAUGAAAACCCCAAAUCCAAAAUCUCAGUAAAUAAGAAUAUUACAUGCAGUCAAUAAAACAAGGAGUGAACAUAGAACAAUAUCGGACCUCUGAAAAGUGUAAGCAUUGAUAUGGACUCAAUACUUAGUUUGGGCCCCUUUUGCAGCAAUUACUGCCUCAGUGCUGCGUGGCAUGGAAGCUAUCAGCCUGUGGCACUGAUGAGGUGUUAUUGAAGACCAGGAUGCUUCAAUAGCGGCCUUCAGCUCUUCUGAAUUGUUCAGUCUCAUGUCUCUCAUCUUUCUUUUGGCAAUGCCGCAUAGAUUCUCUAUGGGGUUCAGGUCAGGCGAGUUUGCUGGCCAAUCAAGCACAGUAAUCCCACGGUCAUUGAACCAGGCUUUGGGGCUUUUUGCAGUGUGGGCAGGUUCCAAGUCCUGCUGGAAAAUGAAGUCAGCAUCCCCAAAAACCUUGUCUGUGGAAGGAAGCAUGAAGUGCUCCAAAAUCUCCUGGUAGACGACUGUGUUGACCCUUGGCUUAAUGUAGCACAGUGGACCAACACCAGCAGAGAACAUGGCUCCCCAAAUCAACACAGACUGUGGAAACUUCACACUGGACUUCAAGCAUCUUGCAGUGUGUGCCUCUCCAUUAUUCCUCCAGACUCUGGGUCCUUGGUUUCCAAAUGAGAUGAAAAAGUUGCUCUCAUCAGAAAAGAGGACUUUGGACCACUGAGCAACAGGCCAGGUCUGUUUUUCUUUAGCCCCGGUAAGACGCUUCUGACGUUGUUUGUUGUUCAGGAGCGGCUUGACAAGAGGAAUACGACAUCUGAAGCCCAUGUCCAGGAUCCGUCUGUGUGUGGUGGCUCUUUAUGCACUGACUCCAGCCUCAGUCCACUCCUUGUGAAAGUCCCCCAACACUUUUGAAUGGCCUUUUCCUGACAAUCCUCUCCAGUCUGCAGUCAUCCCUGCUGCUUGUGCACCUUUUUCUUCCACACUUUUCCCUUCCACAUAACUUUCUAUUAAUGUGCUUUGAUACAGUACUUUGGGAACAUCCAACUUCCUUCGCAAUUACCUUUUUGAGACUUUCCCUCCUUAUGGAGGGUAUCAACUGUCAGGUCAGCAGUCUUCCCCAUGAUUGUGAUUCCUACUGAACCAGUCGGAGAGACCAUUUAAAGGCUCAGAAACCCUGUGCAGGUGUUAUGGCUUACUUAGCUAAAUAGAGUGGGACACUGUGAGCCUAGAAUAUGGCACCUUUUCACAAUAUUCUAAUUUAUUGAGAUUGUGGAUUUGGGGUUUUCAUGAGCUGUAAGCCAUAAUCAUCGCACCUAUGACAAAUCACAGAUUGAACUAUCUUGCUUUGCAUGUAAUGCAUCUAUCUCAUGUUAGUUUCCUUUUUUACGUUUCAUUACUGAAAUAAAUUAACUUUUUUGCACGAUAUUCAAAUUUUUCGAGUAUCACCUGUAUGACCACUCUCAACUGAUAAUCAAUGCUGAUGAGCAUUGCCCUACUUAGCUCAGAGAAUCCAGAAGCAGGGCUAUGGCUGCGGAAACCCAGUGGGAGCCAGGUAAGUUGUCAAACCUUCUAAAAUAGUUUGACCGAUUACUCUGUGAGGGUGCAAGGUCACUCUUGGCAUCAUAACUAUUACAGCGAGCUCUGAUGCUUGGAAUUAUCCUUUAAAAUGGAUUUGCUGCAAAGCCUCUACAUUACUUAUAAGUGCAGCAAAAUGGGAUUAAACAAGAACCUCAAAUCUCUUUAUAGUGUGCAAUCCCUAUAAUACAAAACUAAUAUUAGGUGUUAAUCUGUUUUUUUUUUUUUAUUCCUUAUGCACAGCGGUGUUGGAACAGGGCUGGCAAGCUGACUCUGCUACUCGUAUGGUUAUGCCCAAGAAGCCUGGUAGGUGGCGCUGCUGAUCUUUUGUGUAACACCAAAAAAUUUUGAGUCUGCAACUGCAUUUCUUUUUUGUAAAGGAAGAAAUGAAGUUGUCCACAACUAGCAAAUGUGCUUACAUUUAGUCACAUAUUUGGUACAAACAGACAGAGACAAAGCUUGGUUCACAUAGUUUAAAAAAAUAAAAUGUGUGUAUUGGAUGUUACAAAGCACUAUAUUUAUGCAGGAGGGUUUACAAGUCUAGCUUUCUUCGAAUGCUAAUUUUUCACCCGUCGUAGUGUGUAUUAAAUGUGGCUAACAAACCUUAACUAAUGUGAAUAGGCACGACUAGAACAUGAUUUGAAAUUUUAUAUUCUUUAUAACUAUUAAAGGAUUUUUGAUGUUUUAAAUUAGUUAUAUUGUAAACUCCACAUGGGAAGGAACAUUUGUUUGUUUUUUCUUCCCCACAUCACAUGAUCAUCUGUGUAUAUGUUUUUUUAUUUUAAUAAUUAUUUUGUGAAAUAACAUCCUUGCUUGAACAAGUGAACCGGCUUCUCCAUAGUAGUAGCAGAAUCUUGGCAGACACUGUAUUCUUAAUUUUAAAGAAAAGCAACUUGUUAACAUCUAGAAAAAUGACAUCACACCCAUCCUCCCUAUCCCCCCUCCUCAUUUAGCUCAUUGCUAAACAUAACACAGAUCCUUUUUUUGCCUGUUAACUUGCUUCCUUGAGGAGGGAUAGAAACACAGCCUCACAUGCAAAUCUGUUCAUAGUUUCCUAAGGAUCUUGUGUACGGAGGGUGGAGGAAUGUGUGCAGUUAAACCAUGUACAUUUUGGUGGGAGGUACAACACUCAUGGAGAUGUAAUUUUCUUCUUUUUUUUUUUUUCUGAUCCCCUCACAGAUUCUGCUCCCCUGUCUCUGAUCCCCAAUGAGCAACAGCUGGCCAGACUCACUGACUACGUGGCUUUCCUAGAGAACUAGCACACCCUUUUUACUCCAAGAUCAAAAAAAUGUGCAAGAACUGGGGAGAAAAGCUGUACCAGGACAUUUUGCAACUACUAGUUGGUCCCUCCAAACCUUUAAACAUCAUGGUUACAUACCCCAAGUCUACAGGGUGGGCUUAUUGUCUUGUGAGCUGCUCUGUCAUUGGAAAGGGUUGCUGAGAAUGGGAGAAAUCACAGAACUGACUAUUAUUUGUGUGGAUGUUAACCCUUUGCUGCUUGAGAGGCCUGCGUCACACCACACCCAUCAUUUCUUGGCCCCUCUGGCUGUGAAAGGAAUAAAAAAAAAAAAAAGAUUGACCAGUAGUUAUCUGUUUAUUUCCCCUUAAAGCCGCUAGCAAGUUAGGGCUGGCUGCUUGAGAUAGUUAUGUCUGAAUUGAAAUCCCAUCUGAUGGACCUGUCAAUGCUAAAUUCUUCUAGUUUGAGACAAGUUUCCAUUCUCUGUGCUAAUGGAUAUUUAUGAAUAUAUGAUCCUUCCUGUUUGGGCUGGUGUAGUAGUAUACUUGCAGCUCGUUCUGCAGCAGCUCAAAGGGACCUGUAUUUCUCCAGGAUUUAAAUACAAAUCACCUGGACGAAUAACUGUUUAAGCCAUUGUUUCCCUCUUCAUUGGUUAACAGGUGAGUAAGCUCAAUGAUACUACAAAUGAAAGACAGGUGGCCAACCUGCAUGUGUUCAGAUUAGGUAGAACUAAAAUUUCUACCAGUAUUUAAUCAUAUUGGUUUCAGAUUUUCCCAAGGAACACAAUCAAGGGGUGUCUUGCCUCUUUAAAUCUCUGCUGCUGUAUUUUUAGCACCCCUUUUAGUCUGGUUCUGUUCUGAAUUUUAACUCAUAGGCUUUCAUCAGAAGACACAAUACUCUACUGCCCUUCUAGUGAUGAACAUUGUCAUCUGCCUCAGUACAUCCUCUCGUCAGACAUGUUUAGCUUCAUCGCAAAUUGCUUUUAAAGUGCAAUAGAGGAAAAAAAAGGCUAGCUGUAACCAAUAGAGGGUUAAUACAGAAUAGGUGGAUCUGCAAUAGGACCCCACAGCCUUUUUGCACUGUAGUAGGAUGGUUUGUCUAGGCACUGCAUGGAAAUUAGAGCAGUGUUAUUUUUGUCAUCUUGUAGCCAUGUGUUAAAAAUCCUUUAGUAAGAACACGAUCCAUUAAAACAUGUUAACUACAGUGAUUAGUUGUGUGUGUCUCUUUAAUUUUUGUUACAGGCUUAUUCACUACAGUGAGAAUUCAACGUGAAUUCCUAGUUCAAGGCCAGGGAAGCAGAACUAGAU